AUGUCGGCUUCAUCGACCAUCAUCAGCUUCCCAGGAAAUAGCACGACCACGACCUCUACUGGCAUUCUUAACGAGACAUCCACGGUUUCAUUGCCAAGUACCCAUAUGCCUACGACCACGAACUCCGACUACCAAUACUUGUCCACGAUUUCAUCUCUGCUGGUUAAUACCGCCACAUCCACAUCCACAGUCGUUCCAACUAAUGUAAAUCCUGAUGUUCCAACGACGACGUUGUCGCUUGCAUCCGCUGCGCCGACCAGUCAGCCAUCUGCCGCACCUUUCCCGACAUAUCUCCCGCAGUUCAUCGUGCCACAAACUGCGCUAAAUACCCAAGAUGUGCCAACCAGCGAUGUCAUGGUCAGCGUGCUGUUCAAUCAGUCCCUUAACUGGGUGUGGGUUGCAACAAAUUCAGAUACCCCUGGACAAAUAUUCGAGUACUUCCCCCAGGUAAUCGCGACAGCACUUGGAAUUGAUGUUUCUGUGGUACUAAACUACCAACUGAUGGUCUACGAACCCUCGACGUACACGGGCCCUCAAGAUGCUUCCCAGCUUGGUACCAUCUGGGAGGGUUAUAUCCCUUCUAACCAGGUCUCCACACUCGCCUCGCUUAUUUCCAAUAAAAAGUCCUCGUUCUAUACUGGACAAGAGGGCAGUAUACCCACAGCGCUCGCCGAAUGCGUCGAUCCCACUCUCGAUCUGUCGUCCAUUUCAGGUCCCACUCCAGGCGGGAGUAGCUCCAGUAGUUCAAGUUCUUCUACAGUCCGCCAAGAUGCGAUCAUCGGCGUCGUGACAUCGCUCGGUGCCAUCGCGCUCAUCAUUCUUGCUGUUGUCGUUUACCGGUACUACAAGCGCAGACAAGAGGUCGCCCAUCGCCGUCUCUCUGAACCCGAUGGUGGUGCCGCAGGAGUACGCCCCGAGGGUCAGGAAUUUGACCGGGACAGCAUCGGAGGACAACGUAGGCGGAGCUUUUACUACGCCGAAGAUAGUUUGCGUGGAUACCAAGGUGUCCGGCGUGAUGACGAAGCCUACGACCGCCGUGUCACACCUGCCAUGAGAGAGCGCCGUAUCCUCAACCCUGGAGCUAUUUCCGCACCUAUCCUGCGAGAGAGCAGUAUGAACUGGUGA